CAACCGUGCUGAAUUGACGUUGACUUGCCUACAUCGCAAUAAUCUCGGCAUCGAUGAAUUUCUCGGUCAGGCCACAUUGCCACUGAAUGAAAUGGACGUUUACGACCGUCCACGUUCUAAAUGGUUCAAACUAGAGAGUAAACCUGGCAAAGAGAAAAAGAAUAAAGAGCGCGGUGAGCUGGAAGUUCGUAUUUCCUUCGUAGUCAAAUCUGGCUCACUGACUGAUCUGAGCAAAAAAGAAAAGCACAAGUCUUCCAUUGGCCAGCUGGCUUCUUCCGUGGGUGGCAGUCUGCUUUCGAUUGGCACAAUAGAAAAACGCAAAGGUAUUAAGAAGUUCGCCAAAUCGAUUGGCUCGAAAAUGCAUUUGAGCAGCAAGAAGAAGAAUAAGGAUGGCGAUGAUGUAUCGAAUUUUAGCGGCUCAUUCGCGAGCAUCGGCACGCCGAACAGUUCGAAUGGCGGUAGUCAUCGUUAUGGUCAGCGUGCCGGUGAGGCAGAUCCUGGUGUCAUUAGUGAAGAUGAAGAUGAAUUCGUUUUUGACAAUUUGUCACACAAGAGCUCGGCGAGUUCAUUGAACAUACGUUCAAAUCUACAAGUGCCUACACAAAAUUUCGCACCACGUAAUCCCUCACCGCUGCUGGGCAAAGUCGGAGGUAAGCCGUUGUCUAGAAGAGAUUUGGUGGAGGAGGAUCUCGCCGUAGAUCCCGAGUUAGAGGAAUUAGAAAACGACUUCAGCGUCCGUGCACGAACACUGCCGCCGCCCUCGAAACCACCUCGCACACAACAACAAAUCAACGAUGCGGUAGCUGCGUCACCCAAACAGAAGGAUCAGUCACUAGACGAAUGGGAGUCGAAACUGUAUAAACAACACUUACAAAUUGGCAGUUCAGAUUCUUUGAAGCGACGUUCUUGGGAACAGUCACGUGUGCCGCUACCAACACCCAAUGAAGAGGCAGAGCAGGAACCAGAAGUGAAAGUGGAAGAGAAAAAUGAAGUAGAAAACAAGCAAGAGAAUGGCUAUCAGAAGCAAGCAAAUGGUUUCAAUGUUGCAAAGCUUCCACAACGUAACAAUGGGAGUGACUCUUCUUUGUCAUCUUCGGAUUUAGACGAGGAGGAAAGUAUGCCUGAAGCAAUCAAAACCGAAGUCAAAGUUAUUCCCAAUAAGCCACUAGAACUUAAUCUAUCCCCUACGCCCAUUGCAGCAACAAAAAAUAUAAGUCUUUUGUCCCCGGAUAAGGAGACAAAGGAUUUCAAAGAGCUUAACGCUUCAUUUGCUAAAUUCGAACAGCGCAAUAAGUCACAUUUAUUCGAUUUGGACGCAGAUAAAAAAUGGCAUACACAAUCCUUCAUCGCGGAAGAAUCCAGAGUUCCUCCUGUGCCAAAGGCUAUGCCACGAAAUCGUGAACGAGAAGCAGAAAUAAAGCGUGCUGAAGAAGAGCAGGAAGCCGAGCGCAUACGGCAGGCGGAGGCAGAGGCCAAAGCUGAAGCAGCUGCCAAAGCGGCAGCAGCAGCUGACGCCGAGGCCAAGGCCGCUGCACAAGCCGCACGCAAACGCCAAGCUGAACUUGAAGCAGCUUCCAUUGCCGCCGAAGUUGAACGUAACCGCCGUGAAGUAUCUGAACAAAAACAACAGCGCCGCGCUGCUGAAGAUGCGCGCCUAGAGGAAGAAUUGCGCAGGAAUGAACAGAAAUUACGUGAAGAAGAGGAAGCAUUGCAGGAGGAAUUGCGUCAACGUGAGGAGGAGAAACGACGAGAGGCAAAAAGACGUGAAGAAGAUCAACGCAUUUUGAACUUUGCGAAGCGCUCUACAUCGCUGGAGGAAGAACAAAGUCCUUAUGGCACGCCUGAACAAUCGCCCAGCGAUACUUUGGCUGAGAAACGCGAACGACGUAUGGGCAAAUUCAAAUAUCUCAAUAAGCGAGAGAAAAGUGAAGAUAAUCGUUCCACGCCAAGUCCGAAAGCCAACGAACGCAUUAUUAUUGGCCACGAAAAGUCCACAUCACAUGCUGAACGGCGCUCGGAAAUAUCAGCAGCGCUCGCCAAGAAAUACGAGGGCAAAUCGCGAGAGGAGCUUAUGCUAAUAGCUAAUGGCAUGGAAAAUGAAGCGUUACUCCAACGUCAACGUGUGAAAGAGCUAGAAGAUUAUCUGGACAAUUUAUUGCUGCGUGUGAUGGAAACUCACCCGAAACUCUUACAAAAUCCUUACUCGCGUACUACAUCGGCUAAGAGCGGCUGAACAACUUUAAGGAACAUCUUUUAAUUUUAAGCAAAUUUCAUGCGCGGCUGACCUGACCGGUAAUUCCAAGCGCCUUCCAGCUUAAGCAACAACAACACAAGCAUAUACAAAAUCAAAAAUCAUAAAAGUAAAUAAAAAGAGCGGAAAUAUCACCAAGUUGCCUUAGAGUGCAAAAUCCAAAGUGCUUUUUAUACAAUGAGUAUUUAAUUAUGAAACGUUUAUGAAUGCAACUAAAAAAAAAUUGUGUACGAGUAUAAUUUUUUUGAAUCGAUGUCACUAUACUAGUUAGAAAUGAUUUUGUUUCUGCUAACACAGUUAAAUUAUUGUAAUAUAUUUUUUAAGUAAAGAAACAAAAAAAAAAGAAUUUUUUAAAACAUUUUUGUUGUGUGAACGUAUUUCACCCGGCGGAUUGCAUAGAAAAAAAAUUUAAAUGACUUCACCUUAACAAAAUCAAAUUUACGAUAACCGCGGGUAAUUUAUUUAAGUUACUUUAUAAGUAAGAGAAUAAGAAG